AUGCACUCCUCAGGCUACACAUGUUCGCCCCCGGACAAGUCCAGUGGUGUGCUGGUGAUGCUCUCCAAGAAGCAUUUCGAGGAUGCAGCAGUACACGAGCCGGUUCCAGGCAGGGUUCUUCAGGUUCGAGCGACGGUCAAAACGAGCAAGCUUCCACUUACGGUGGUAGGGGUCUAUCAACAUGUCUGGCGGACUCACUUGUCCACAGUGCAGAACCUUGAACUGCGCAGAGGAGUCUGCCAUGCUGUCUCCACUAUUGGGCAGCAAACCCCUCAGCGCCAUCACCUCAUCAUUGCAGGCGACAUUAAUGCUAAGCUCACCCCGCAACACCCUCAUGUAGGUGGUGCAGGUGCAGCCACCCGCUCUCCGGCGGCCAACCACUCGCCGGAGCUGCAGCAGCUGCUUGCCGAAGGCGACUUAUGCGCCCUGAACACUUGGCACACACCUCACCGUGACACGUAUGUGACACCGACCCGCAAUAGUCAAAUAGACUUUGUAGUGGUUCGCUGUGCCGAAGCCAAGGGGAAGGCUAAGCAUUGUGCACCCCUCGUGCAGUUCCCUGUCGCGGGCUGGCGGCAGGCUGGCCACCGCCCGCUGCAUGCUGAGCUGUGGCUGCGACCGUUUCGCAGGCAGGAAACAGCCCAAUUGCCUGCCCAGCACCGCUGCCAAGUAGAUGUUCUGCAGCAGGCAGUGGCAGACCAGACUGAAACUGCACAAGCCAUGCAGACUCAUGUUGAGGCUCGCGUGCAGCAGCUGCUGCAGCAGUCCUCUCCGAAUGCCUCAUGCCUUCAGGCCAGUCUGAAUUUGAUCUUGUGGGAUGCAGCUGAGAGAUCCUUCCCGGUCAACCUCAGUGGCCACCUUCUCUCGCAUUUGGCGAAAAUGGCACUUGCUAGCGCAGUUUCGAAAAGCCUCCCGGGCUCUUCGGCAACAAAGCCUGAACAGCAAAUUCAGGAAGCUGAAGAGGCUGCUGCCCGCCAUGAUCAGAGAACCCUCUACCAAAUAAUCAAACGUAUGGCACCAAAGUCCUAUAAGACCGCCUCUCGCCUGCUAGGCCCCGAUGGUCGGUUGAUGACGCCUUCUGGCGAACUGCAGGUAAUUCUCCAGCAUGGCAAGCAAACUUUUGCAGCCUUGAUGGAUGUUGAACAUCUGCUCGUGCCACACGAGCCACUUCACAUCUCUGAGCAAAGCCUGCAAGAUGAACUUCGUGCCCUAAAACUUCGUAAAGCAGUGCCUGCCCAUAUCGCACCGGCAGCCGUUUGGAAGCAGUGUUAUGCCUGUCUUGGCAGCUGCCUUGCUCGGGCUCUUAACGAUCACUUUGCCCUGCCAGCUCAGCAGCCGCUUCAGCAUGAUUGGAAGGACUGCUACAGCAACAGUCCGAUCGGACUCCAAUGCCCGACGACCAAAGCAUUUGCAGGUGCCCUUCGUGAGCGACUACUACAAGUUCUUCACCCAGCCUUGGCCUCGCUUCCUCAAUUUGCAUACAUCAAACAGAGGGGCACACAGGAGGCCCUCCUUAGGGUUCAUAUGCACUUCCAUCAUGUUGUCUGCAUGCUGAAAGACAACAUUGUGGAUCGAUUUCAGCAAAAGGCAGGCAAGAAGGCUGCCAAGUGCAUUGGAGCAAUGAGCCUGUCAUUAGAUCUUUCGCGUGCAUUUGACAGUGCGAGCCGACCGGAGGUGUAUCAAACCAUGCUCCAUCAUGGGGUUCCAAAGGAGGUAGUUAAUGCCGUACAGCAGCUUCACCUGCAUGCUCUUUACAAAUAUCAGGUUGGACAAAACAGCCAUGGAGCCACAAGCACCACCAAUGGCGUGAAGCAAGGAUGUAAAAUCGCACCAUACCUUUGGUGCUUCCUAACCUUGCGGUUCAUGGAGCUUCUCAUGCAGUCACGGAGUGAGCAAUGGCUAGUUCACAUCAUGACGAUCUUCGCGGAUGAUGUGUGGUCCAAUUGGAUAAUCCGUAGCCUUGCUGAUUUCAGACAAGCGAAAGCUGAUCUUGAACUCAUUCUAACUGUCCUUGAGUCUCUUCACCUCACUGUCAAUUAUAAAAAGACGGCCAUCCUGCUUAUUCUUGAAGGCAAAGAGGCUGUGAAAAUCCUUCGGGACCAUACCACCACCAAGGCCGGUCAGCACCUUCUUCGGCUCACUGAUUCGCCUUUGGACAGCAUUGUGCAGACCAGUGCUCAUUAUUCACUGACUGCGGUCGGAGUGACACGCAAAGGUCUUGACAAGCUGACGAAAGCCCCGACCAAGCAGCUGCGGGCGGGUCACCCACUUCCUGCUCAACAGCUCGUUCAGAGCCUGGUCCUGCAGUAUGCUGAAGAACAGCUCCGCCAGCUGCAGCUCCUCGCCUCUGCUUCUCUGCGAGAGGAGCGCACAGCUGAUGAUGCACCCGUGCAGACCGUAGCCUGUCCUGAGUGCGGCUGCCGGCACACCCAAAGUGCCCCACUACCUUUGAUGCAGUGGCUCACUCAGUGGGAGGCCUCUGCCGUCUCUGCCACCGCAGCGAGUGAGAUGCCACCGGCAACCUCUUCCGAUAGCCGUACUCUACCAGUGGAAAACAUACCUGAGGAUCAGUUUUCGGAGUGUGCACAGCUGGGCCUCCUGGCCCUUGCAGCCGGGAUCAGCUCCAACUACGGGGGAGAACGCAGAGGCCGACAUCUUCCGUUACUGUUUUCCCAGCGGAGCUCCUCCUACGAGCACCCCGACAACAGCGACGCCAUCAGAUGCGGCGACACCGGCACCGUCACCGGUACCGCCUCAGGCCCCAUCGAGAUCCAAGCGACAGAGGAGCAGAAGAUGAUGGCCAUAACCAAGCUGCUGCUUCAGCACGAAGAUCGCAUCAAUUGCCUCAGCCUGGAUCGCGGCCUGGUGAUGUUUCUGAAGGAGGACACCCACAGUGUUCUCCCGGCGAUGAUGCGAGCAGCCAAAGAGUGGAACGCUCGCAAAGAUCAAGGAGACGAUCGCCUAGUCUCGCCUCUCCGGACUGUGCUCCUGGCGAACCUCAUCAAGGAGUUACAGCAGCGACUGCAGCAUGUAGUGGCCACUCAAGAGGGGAGGGAGUCUUUGCGGAAAGCCAAAUGGCUGGCAGAGAAUGGGGACUGGUACUACAUGAAGUGGUGCAGGAAAACCAAGACUCUCAUCCCCAAAGAGGACAAAACACCUCUGCAGCACACCGAGGCUGUCAGAGUGCUGAGCUUUCUCUACGAGAACUUGAAGUACGACAUCAUUCAAAACUUCAAAAGCACUCAGAAGCUUCAACACCGGGAGGAUCAGAAUCGCACAUCAGCCACAUUUCUGGUGGACAUCUCCCUGAGGGGCUCUCUGGCUCAGGAGGUCUACGAGCACUUCGAGAACUGA